AAAUAAAAUCCAUCUACACGGAAGGUUCUCUCCGCCGCCGCCGAACCUUUCUUUCUUUCUCUUCUUCCUCUCCCGACUUUUCCCGACUCCUUCGGUUCCUCACCGGCCACCUCCACCCCUCAGGUCUGAACCCUCUCGCGCCGCCGCCGUCGCCGCCGUCGCUGUCGCCGUCCCGUUCUCCAUCUCGUCGCGCCUCCGCCUACCUUCAGUUUAGGGUGGGAUCAUGUCUUCUGCAAUGGAGUCAUCGUACCUUCCUGCCACUACUGAGUCAAUUGAAAAAGCUCAGGAGGCUAAGGAUGCUUCAGAGUCAAUUUCAAUCCUUUACCGUCUGAUCCAAGACCCGUCUUCAUCUGCAGAUGCACUGAGAACAAAAGAGCUUGCGAUUACCAACCUUACAAACUACCUCACUAAAGAGAACCGUGCCGAGGAUCUGCGAAAUCUCUUGACCCAGCUGAGGCCGUUUUUCUCACUGAUUCCCAAGGCCAAGACUGCAAAAAUUGUCCGUGGAAUCAUUGAUGCUGUCGCCAAGAUUCCUGGAACAUCUGAUCUUCAGAUCUCGCUCUGCAAGGAGAUGGUGGAAUGGACGCGUGCAGAGAAACGUACAUUCCUCAGGCAGCGUGUGGAGGCAAGGUUAGCGGCCCUUCUUCUGGAGAAUCAAGAGUACACUGAAGCCCUGACCCUCCUUACUGGACUUAUCAAGGAAGUCAGGAGACUUGAUGACAAGUUGCUCCUUGUGGACAUUGACCUUUUGGAAAGCAAACUCCACUUCUCUCUGAGAAAUCUGCCUAAGGCCAAAGCUUCACUGACCGCCGCAAGAACAGCGGCGAAUGCCAUUUAUGUUCCACCAGCUCAGCAGGGCACUAUUGAUCUGCAGAGUGGAAUCCUUCAUGCGGAAGAGAAGGACUACAAAACUGCUUACAGCUACUUCUUUGAAGCAUUCGAGGCCUUCAAUGCACUGGACGACCCAAGAGCUAUAUCCAGCUUGAAGUACAUGCUCUUGUGCAAGAUAAUGGUCAACCAGGCUGACGAUGUUGCUGGAAUAAUCUCAUCUAAGGCUAGCCUGAAGUAUGUGGGUUCUGAUGUUGAUGCUAUGAAAGCUGUGGCUGAUGCCUACUCUAAAAGAUCUCUCAAGUACUUUGAAACCGCCCUUCGUGAUUUCAAAGCCCAGCUGGAGGAGGACCCUAUUGUCCACAGGCAUCUUUCAUCUCUGUAUGAUACCCUUCUGGAGCAGAACCUCUGCAGGUUGAUUGAGCCCUACUCGAGGGUGGAGAUUGAGCAUGUCGCGCAGAUGAUUGAAUUGCCAGUUGACCAUGUCGAGAAGAAGCUGUCACAGAUGAUCCUUGACAAGAAAUUUGCUGGUACUCUGGAUCAAGGUGCUGGUUGCCUCAUUAUCUUUGAGGAGCAGAAAACUGAGGCCAUCUUCCCUGCCACACUCGAAACUAUUUCAAACGUUGGGAAGGUUGUGGACAGUCUUUACAUGAGGUCCGCAAAGAUCAUGGCUUGAACACUAGUACCCACAUGAUAGUUUAUCUGUUGGCUAUGGUUUCAUCUUGUAACAGUUCUGUUAGUCUCUUUCUAGACAUUUAAUCCUGCCUGUUUGACACUUUAUUCUGCAUGUUUGGGUUUUUAGUUGAAAAUAUAUACCAUGCUCACAAACAGAAUAGUUGGUUGUUUUUUGUAUGGUUGGCGUGUACCAUGAAAACUGGGUGGUUCAAGUAUGAACCAUGUUAUGCUGCUGCAACAUUCUUUUGUGAUAAUUUUCCAUUAAUUUUUUUUUCCUGUA